AUGGCCGGCGCCCCCCUUCAACUUCUCUUUCUCCUCUUAUCGUUCUUCAUUUUUUCAGAUUCAUCAUCCUUGAGCCACGGCCUCAAAAUCGGGAUCAAUUACGGCCAGAUCGCUAGUAACCUCCCUGCCCCCUCGCGCGUGGCCCACCUCCUCUCGUCCCUCAACGUCACUCGUGUCAAGCUCUACGACGCGGAUCCCACCGUCCUCUCCGCCUUUGCGGGCUCCAACGUGGAGUUCAUCAUCGGGCUCGGCAAUGAGCACCUCCAGCGCAUGACCGACCCAGCCCAGGCCCAAAUAUGGGUCCAGCAAUACGUGAGGCCUCACUUCCCUGCCACCAGGAUCUCAUGCAUCACCGUGGGCAACGAGGUUCUCACGGGCAACAACACCCAACUAAAGUCCUUCCUCCUGCCGGCCAUGCAGAACGUGAACACGGCCAUCCAGAGCUCGGGACUAGGCAACGACAUAAAGUUGUUUGUGGGAGGCAAUGCAUAUUUUGAAGGUGAAUGA